GGUCCUUCCUCUAGUGCUCCCCUUCUUGCUUGGAUUUGGCUGCCUCCAAUGCCAAGAUUCCCCUCUGGCCCUGAUUUUUCCCCUGCACUCAGCUCUGCUCACUUUCACAAUCAUUCCCAUCAAAAUCAGCCUCAUCAUUCAUCUUCGUCAACAAGAGUUCAUCAAUCCGCUUUGCUGGCAUUUUCUCGUGGUUCUUGCCUUCACCUGCUGCGUGUUUCAAUACCAACUACUUCAGCGGCUACGGCCACAUUCUCUAGUGGAGGGACGAUGCCUGGUCCCAUUUCAGACUGCCAAGCACCUGUCACCUCUGACGGCAGCUAUAGUGGCAUCGGAGGUCUCAACAGUGAUGAGGACGGCUCAACGCAACAUCCUGGCGUCAAUAGUUCCAUUUCUCCAUCCUCCUCAAUCGCUUCUCUUACUUGCCAAGCUCCAUCUGUCUCGCCAGGCGCUGGUUCGUGCUCGGUGUUCUCGCUGCCUGAUCUAUUGUCAGGUGGAGUUUUGCCAAAGAGACCUUGUGUAGAGACUCGACUGAUUUCAGUGUCCAGUGGUGGUUGGCCUGGAGCCUUUUUGAGCUCUAUCAGAGGCGAGGAAACUGUACUAAAGUUUGAUCUGUUGCGAUCAAUUGAGUUGGGAUAUCGUCUUGUUGCCCUUAAAUUUUUAACCUCUUCCAACAUUUGUAUUGUUGAGUCAUGCAAGGAAUCACAAUAG